AUGACUCUCUACUACUCCAUAUGCUUUGCUUUGCUCAUGGCCGAGCUCGGCCUCUUCUGCACCAUCGUGUGCCCCAUGCCCUUCGCGCUCCGCAAAAAGAUGUUCCACUUUUUGAGCGAGAACCCUAUUGUAAGUCGCGUGGCAGGCGGUCUCAAGAUAACGUUUAUAUUUGUCGCUGUGUUGUUCGUUGAUGCGCUCCAGAGGAUGGUCAGGAUCGCCCAGGAAGGCGCCACUGCCAAGAUGAAGUCUGACAUUUCUGAUGUUCGCGCCGAGACCAACUACGCCGCCCGACGAUUCUACGCCCAGCGAAACCUUUACCUCACUGGCGCCACCCUCUUCCUCUCCCUCCUCCUCGCCCGUGUAUUCUACAUCAUCCUCGACUUUAUCACUGUCCAAGAGUCCUACACCGCCCUCCAGGCCAAGACUGCCAAGGGCUCUGGUGCCUCCGGGGAAGAGACUGAGCAGCUGAGAUUGAGGGUGCAAGAGUUGGAGGCCAAGGAGAGGGAUUUUGAGACCUUGAAGAAGCAGGCGAACCAGCAGAACACCGAGUAUGGCAGGUUAGCUGAUGAGCACAACAAGGCUACUGGUGCCGUGUCCAACAAGAGAGUUGAUUAG